AAUCAGCCUUAUUAGCGAAUUGACUCUUCGCUGGGGGUCGGGUGAUAGGUUAUCGUGCAUCAAGUUAUGAAACAAAAGUAAAUGAUAUGGAAUACAAAGGGCACUGGUAAAACUUCUUUUGAGUUUUUGCCAGCCGUAGCCGGGCUGAAGCGAGGAUGGUUUGUUUGAGGUUAAGUUACAGAGCAUUAAAGCGAGUUGUAUCAUCAAAUUAUAAUUUAUAUCCAUGCCUUUACAAUAGUAAUACAUCAUGUCUAACAGUUAAAUCUAUUCGCCUGAUUAAUACAAGUAUAAUACGAUGUCAAUCUACCUCUCAGCCAGAUCGACUUUACACGCCAAAACAUGAGUGGAUUCUAGUCAAAGGAAAUGUCGGUAUUGUGGGCAUAUCCCACUAUGCUCAGGAUGCUCUGGGUGAUGUAGUAUAUGCUCAAUUACCAGAAGCUGGAUCAAAAAUUGAAAAACAUGACGAGGUUGGAGCGCUUGAAAGUGUGAAGGCAGCAAGUGAACUGUACUCACCCGUCUCGGGGACAAUCUUGGAGAAGAACACUGAGGUGGAGGAUAAGCCGGCACUCAUCAAUCAAUCGUGUUAUGAUAAAGGCUGGCUCUUCAAAGUGGAACUAAGCAACCCAGACGAGCUGAAGGAGCUCCUGGACGAGACUAAGUACAAGGAUUUCUUAAAAACAGAUCAAGAGGCUCAUUAAUAACAUUGUUUGUAAAUCUUGUUUAUAGUUUUGUUUGAUAAUAAAUAUGUAGCUAAUACCAA